AUGCCUUCACAGCAGGUCAGGCCGCUAGAAGGCUGCUCUACCAACAGCAUGCAACCUCCCGCCACCCCCCUACUGCCUGCCCUUCAACCUAGUUCAUCUCCAUCGCUCCGCACUCUCCCGCUUGAGAUCGGCGUGAGCAUUCAUUGCAAAAUCGACACACCCCGAGACCUUUUUGAAGCAAUCCGAUCAUCUCCCACAUUACUUUGCGCUUUCAACACUUCCCGGCACAGCAUACUCAGCUCGGUCAUUGUAAAUGCCUUUGGAGACAGCCUCCACGACGCCCCUGGGCUGCUCUAUGUUCUCAGGCUUGUGGAACGAGAUGCCCAUCCUACCGACCCAUCCGCCGAGCUGGGAGAGAGCAUCCGACCACUAGAUUUUGUGGAAGGCCACUUGAACGAGGCCUUCGAUUACAAGAUGCCGGGCUGUCUUCGAGCGAUUCUGCAGCUCUACAGUAUACACCACAACAUCGGCGCCUUCACCAGUGCCUUCGUCGCGUACGUCAACGACAUGAGCAACGACUAUAUCGCCGGGCUCGCGGAACGCAGCGAAAACGAAUUUGUGUGGCAAUACUCACCGCGCCCUCGGGUCACCACCUCGUGGCUGACACGGACAUUCCUCCUCUACAAGAUAUUUCACAUGGUCGACGAGGAAUUCAACUGCGCCGAGGUAACUCGCUGGCCUCAGCCCACCUGUCCCAGCCCAGAAGACAACGUCCCAGACAUGGAGGACUGGCAACAGGCCCUGGUACGGCAGCUCCAAUCCAGCCGCGAGGAGGGCCUUCACCUGUUCAAUUUCAGGCACGGCACGUACGAGAUAGUCCUGGAGUCCUUCCUCGGCCAUUGUGAUGGUGACUGCUGGGCCCUCGCCCUACGCCUGGACUAGUAGCGCCCGCACCAUCUGCCACCUGCAGCGGGAUAACCGGUCGGUUCAGCUCACCUGCACGACUGGCGCUUCAACCACGUGCUCGGCAAAUUGUGGGGAGAUCCUGGCCGGGGCUGGCAUGAACUUUACCGGUUCGGUAGAUGGAUUGGGCCUGCCGGGCAUAGAUCCUUAAUCUGGCCAGUCGUAUAGAUAGAUGGGGCAGUUGAGCGCCUGGGCUGUUGGGGUGCCUUGCGGGAGAGACACAACAAACAUUUAGGUUCCAUUGACAACGAUAAUCAUUUCGCAUGCGGCGGAUUGUCCCAUGGCUGUGCAUCACAUCCAGUGAUCUACAAUCAAUAUGCAUUACUGCCGCUGUCCAGGUGCUCCCAAGGUGCCUAUAAUAAAAAUCAUGUUGCGGCCCAUAGGAGGUUUACACCAGGAGAGGACAUACACGCAUCAGUGCUGCCACUUUUCCC